AUGAUACCUGUAUUUGGACUCCCUGAUAUAGAGAUGUUGGAACCUUCCUCUAGUAAACCUCAGCCCUCUGAGCCUAUGAACUCUCAUGAGCUUAAGAGAUCUAAAGGAAAGACUUCUGAAGCCCACAUAUCUAAGCAUAGGGAAACUCAAGCUGCCUUACUGGAUCCUAAUGAUAGGUCUUUUACUAAUGACCCAGCAAUCCAGAAGUACCUACCCUAUUCUCCUUCCACUACCUUAUACCCUUUAAAUGAAGAAUCUCCAGGAGAAUUCAACUAUCAGCCUGACUGUACCCAAAUGACCUCUUGGUGCAGGAAGAACCCUCAAGCUAAUAGUUUUAGGAAAGUCUACAGGCAGCUAGGAAGAGUAUUCUAUCAUGUGGAGAUACCUCCAGCCAUGAGAAUCGCUACCCCUCACCUUCUUACCUACAUGUUGCAUUACUACCAAGUUAUUCCUGCUCAAGAAAUCAACCAUUGGCCUGAAUAUGGUAAGUUACACAUAGACCUGAAUAAACUAAUCAAGAGAACUGUUCAUAGCGUCUAUGACAUGGAGGACUAUUGCCCAUUCCUGAAUGGCCAGAACAUGACUACAACUUCAGACUGGCCACCUUCCCCAGUCAUCUCAGCAGGACAUCUCAGUGAGGUAGAACCUGGACAAGAACACCUUAGGGAUAGGACUCUACAACUUAAGCAAGAUAUGACCCUGUUAGUGCCCAAAAGUUCUAGAGCCUCUUCUGUCACUCCACAGGAGGCGGCUCAAGAAAACUUACUAAGGAGUCUUAUCAAACCCACUAGUCAAGUUACUAUUGCUAGUCCUUUACUUCCAGAUCCUCAAGUUUCUCCUCCAACUGUAACCCUGCACACCUCCAGUAGCACUCCUCCAGGACAACCUCCUAGUAGUCUUCAUUCAUCCAAAGCCUCUCUUACUGUUACUAUGCAACCUAGGUAUUUAGGACCUGAUAAUGGAACCACACUUAUUCCCUCAGAACCUUUACCAUCACCUCCUAGCUCUAUUGCUACUUCUUCCUCUAGAUCUAUACCCUUAGGAAGAAUACCAGAAGAGUCACCCCAUGUAACAUUACAAGUCCCACCUACCUUAGAAAGGACUGAGAGACUUAGGAGAGAAGCUGCUAGAUCUCUAGGACCUAGACCACCUACUCCUAGACCCACUAUAGUCCCUUCCACUAGUUCAGAAGAAACCUUACCAUCAUCACCUAGAGGUAAUGCAAGUGUUCCUAUUGCACAACCUUCAGCUAUACCUCCUUUCAAUAUACAAGCCCUUGAAGACUACAUCAACAAUCUUUCAGAUGGAAGUAUAGAUGGCUUAAGUUCUUCUGAAUCAUCAACUGGAAGAGACCAAGUAGCCCCAGAACUAAUAGCCCCAGCUACUCCUGCUGAUUCUAUUACUUCUGUCUCAAGUGCUGCUACACACACCAUACAAAUUCCAGUAGCACAAUCUACUCCCAGGAUUAGGAGCCAAGUAGAAGAGGAUAAUGUUAGGAAUAUACCUUAUAAUCCACCUUUAAGCAACGCUGCUAGAAGAGUUAGCCUUGCAGGCCCAAGUAUUCCUCUUAGAGAUCCACCUCCACAUGCUGACUUUAUAAUCGCAGAUCUUCCUUGGGAGCAAAUCGGCGAUCCUCAGGAAGACCAGCUAUACCAGCUGAAUCCUUUACCAGAGUAUCUACAAUCCCAGAAGAGCGCUCCUCUAGACUAG